UUGUAUUUACAUUUUAAAGCAAAUUGUUGCCAUGAGUGGUGUUCGAGAAGUUGUGUGUAGUUUUUGUCUUAAUACUGUGACUGAUAAAAGUUUCGAAAUAAUAGACAACGCUACUAAAGACAUUCUACACGUUCUGUUGCUGAAAUUGAAAUUUGAUGAUGAGAGCAAAGAGGUUAUAUGUAAUGUUUGCAGAAGAAAGUUACAUGCAGCAUUUCAGUUUAAGUCAAUUUGUCUGAAUAGCGACAACACAAUUAUUCCAUAUGUGGAUAGCGAGAAAAUAUUACAGCUCGAUAUAAGAGAUGUAUAUACGAAGGAAAAGACAAACAAGUCAAUGGAAAUUUCAGACAAUCAGAAAAUAUGUCGAUUGUGUAUGCAGCCAGUAGAAAGUGAGUUUAGGUGCAUACGUGAAGAGGAACUUGAAGCUAUCGAGAAAUUGGCUCCUGAAAUGAUUACAGGUAUCAUCAAAGAUCCCAUCGUAUGUAAUUCAUGCUUUGAUUCUUUGUGUACCCACAACAGUUUCCUAAAACAUUGCCUAAAAAUAGAAGAAAAGAUUAAUGAUAGUCCAGACACAGAAAGUCCAACAGAUAUAUCGCCAUGUGAUUUAUUCGUUAAGACUGAAAACCUGGACAAAGAAUUUGAUAUUAAUGAGAUGGAAUUGUCGAUCAAAGCUGAAAGUAUCGAUAUAAAAUCAGAAGAUGAAGAAAAGAGCAACACGAUACUGCAGAGCUCCGAUAUUGGACCAUACGACAAGAGCAAUUGUAAACACGAGAAUGGAUCAACAAACGAAUGUAAUACAAAAUCCAAGAAGAAGCGCAAAGUAUCGUACAAAUGCGAUAAAUGUAUUUACAAAACUAGAAGCGAGAGCUGUUUUACAGCACACCGUGCAAGACACGAAAACAGUGCAGAGGUGUAUAAAUGCGAAUCCUGUAAAUAUGAAACUCAAAAUAAGAAAUUAUUUCAAAAGCACCAGUUGAGACAUAGAAACCCUUCGAAAAUACAUAUACAUCAGUGCCAAUCGUGUAAUUACAAGACAAAGAACAGGUUCAAACGUACAGGUGUGACGACUGUGAUUAUGAAACUAGAUACGGAAUGUAUAUCAAACGGCACCUACUGA